AUGAGUAUUAAAUAACUAGCUACAAAUUUCGAUGUUCUAUAUCGAAGAGUAAGUGAUCGAAGUAAAGUGAUUGAAAUAUUAUUGGGAUAAUUAUUUGAGAGAUCUGAAGCUGAAGAGAAGUACCACAAAACACUUGAAAAAAUUAGUAUUCAAAUGUAAAAUAGUGGUGGUGAUAUUGAUGAUUUAAUAAGAGGAGUCAAAGUAGAUUUAAAUCAAAGAGCUCAAUAUUAUAAAGUAUAAUACAAUGUUAAAAAUAGCAAUUUAAUUAAUCUUAUAAAAAUGAUGUUGAACAUGCUACCAAUGAUCUUAAAUAAAUCUAAUAUUAAUUCAAGCCAAUGAUCUAGGAAAUUAUGAAAAUGGAUAAGGAAUUGAAAGUUUCCUUAGAUAAAUAUGAUCGAUAAAAAGAUAAAACUAUGAGAGCAUCUAAAGAUUACGAAGAAGCUGCUAUUACUUUGGAAGCAUAAUGUUGGAAUAAAGAAUGCAAUUCUGAAUCUAGAUCUAAGGCUCAAGUGAGAUUGAAUCAAUAAUUAGUUUAUAAAUAAGAAAAUGAGUCAGCCCUUAGAUAAGCUGCAACAAUCUACAAUAAUUUAGUUUAAUCUUAUAGCACUUUAUUAUAAAAUGGAAUUUAAUAAUUAAUAUCUUUUCAUAAUCAAACCUUUGCUAUUGCUAAAGUAAUAAUCUAUUAAUAAUAUAUUAAUAGGAUAUCGUCAUGAAAAUUUUGGUCUAUGAAAUUUCUAAAACAAGAAAUCUUCAAUAUGAUAGUGAGUAAUUUUUUAAGGAAGCUGAAAAAUAUAGAGAUCCUUAAAAUGAUCCUAUUUAACCUGGACCAUCAAGUUAGAUUGGAAUCACCAAAGAAAAUUAUUCAAAAGUUAAUUUGUAAUAAACUUCUUCAUUUUUAAAAAAUAUUGCAGAUUAAAUAUCUUUGAGUCAUCGUUUAAAUGUUAAAAGAGAAACUGCCUAAUCUUAAUAAUCAGAUAUUGUUGAUGAAUUUGAUUUACUAUUAGUUAAUCAAUACUUUAUUGAUGAUUUAAAGGCAGUAUCUAUUAACUUAAUCAAUAAAGUAAAUAAUAAAAAUAAGUCAUAAAAUAAUGAGGACAAAUAACCUGCUGGAGUUUAGGCUAUGGUUAAUAAAUAUAAAGAUUAAUAUGGAGAAUAAUAACUAAUAACAAUUUAUAGUUUUAUUAAACAGAUUAUUUAAAGCACUUAAGAAUUACAAAUAAAAGGAUGGAAGAAUAUACCAUCAAUAGAAAAUAAUAUUGUUGAAACUAAAUUAGAAUCUAAAUUUUUUAGAGAACUAGCAUGUAUUAUCUUAGAAUCAUUUAGAUAAGCAGGGUAUAUGUACAUAUUAUUUAGAUGUUCACAUGUAAGUUAAUUUGGAUUUAAGAAUAUGAUUGUUUUUACUCAAAAAUUAUUGGAAAUCUCUUAAAGAGAAGGGGAAUUGAUAUUAGUCAAAAGAAUUAUAACUAUGAUUUCUACAAUCUAUACUACAGAUGAAAAAGAAAAAAGAUUUUUUUUAUAAGAUAGUUUGAUAUCUAUGCCUAUAUGGAAAUAAAUUGAUUUAUGGGAAGGAGUCAUUUAUACUACUAUUGAGGCUGAAAUAGAUAAAUCUGCUAUGAAAGAUUCUUCAUAAUUUACAAAUGAAUAAAUAUUUAAAGAUAAAAAUGUCAUAUAUUCUAAUUUGUUGACUUUAACUUUAAAUAUGAUUAAUUUUAAGUAAUAAAUAUAUUUAUUUUAUUUAGAAUAGAUAAAUAAGAAAUUAAAAAUGUUUUAAUUAAAUAUGCUCGAGUAUUUUAGCUUUUUGAAUUGCAAACUUAAGAACUACUAAAAUUUGCUGAAAAUGAUGGUAAAAUUGAACCAAAUUCUAAAGUAAAUUCAUUAUCAGUUUUAUAAUCUUUGUAUUAUCAACCAUAAUCUUAAUCCAUCUAAGGAACUUUCAGUUAAAAAAAAGUAGUUAUUUUUGAUAAGAAGAAUCCAUUAUCAUAAAAUUUAACAAUUUAAAAAACUUCAGGAAAUUAAGUUUAUUUAUCAUAAGAUACUCCAACUAGAUAAACAACAUCACCAUUAACAUCAACAUCACCUUAUUAGAAUAUAUCAAAAUAACAAUAACAAUUCCACUAAUAAUAAUCAAAUUAAAGUACAUAGUAGCAAUCACCAACAAUUUAAACUUAAUCAUAAUAAUAAUCAAUAUUAUAAAAAGUUUUUACUCCUUAAAAUUCAAAUAAUUAAACAGCGAAUGUUUAGUAGAUAUAAUAAAAUGUUUCAAUGUCAUAGUAAUUUUAGUCGGGGAGCUAAUAAUAAAUUUAGGAUUAAGAAUAAUAAAAAAUAAAAUAUAAUUAUCAUCCAUUAGAAGUUCCAAAAUCUAUAAAUUAAAAAAAGCAAACUUGA